AUGCGCUCCUUACUCCGCUUCUUCCGGCGCCAUCAACACGCUCCUUGCCCUCAUAUCAUUUUCAAGCAAAAUCUUCCCACUACCUUGCCUCCGCCCUGGUCCAAUCUCUGGGAUGCGGAAUGUUUCGACGAUGAUAUCGGACUCCCGGAGUGGUUUCACGGUGAAGGGUUGAAAAAGAAGAAGGCGGAGGAAGGGGCGGGGGAGUAUAAGGUGUGGAAUAGUGCUCUGGUUGAAGAAGAGGAGGGUGGGCCGCGGUUGGAGAGUGGGAGUGUAGACGAGGCGGAUAGGAGGGCGGAAGAGACUAACGGCUUGUACCAGGGCAGGCCGUCUUAUGGGCGAGGUGUCGCAAGGGAUACUUCGUCACUUGUCCCGCCACUGGAGAUGGAGAUGGAACAUGAUGGGUUCGAGGAAGACGAGCAUGGCAGCGGAGUCAAUGGCUAUCGCACAGCGGAAUCAAGCAUUCGUCAGUGUCCAGACGGGAACGGAUUAAGGGACCAGUCCAGUUCCCACGACGCACGCACUUCUCGGGGAAAAGCAUCCCACGGCACAACAAUGGAAUGGACAGCCCGGAAGCAGGGCAUAGACACGGGGCGAAGGAACGGCUAUCGAUACCCCCCUUCGACUUCAGCAGCAUCACAAGAACAUAAACAUGAAACACGGAAGAGCACACCGGCCGCCUGCUCCACCCAAAUUAACGGCAUCGCCAACACGCAGAAAAGAUUGCUACAUAGCAACCACAACUCCCAUACCCCUCUCCAUCCCCCACCCCCUUCUCCCUCAUCACCACCGCCAACCCUCCUCCCCCACGAAUCCACUGGCCCCAAAGCCCUCCCCACAGGCCUCCCCACCCCCUCCGAACUUUACACCCUCUUACCCAGCCCGCCUUCCCGUCCAGUGUCUCCAGCGACGCAGGCAGAUACAUACGCGUUUACGAUUGCUACGCAGGCGAAAUUGAUUCGGAUGCUGCAUCGGGAGGUUGACGAGUUGAAUGAGGAGGUGGAACUUUUGAGGAGGAGGGUGCUGGUGCCGAUGAGGGAGUUGUUAGUGGAGUGUAUGGAGGAGAUUGAGUGGUAUGAGGGGUUGGUGGGGAGGUUGAGGGCGGAGAAUGGGGUAUUGAGGAAUCAGCUGGAAAAGGGAUUGGAUGGGAUGGGAGAGAGGUUGAAGGGGGAGGAGAGGGGGAGAUGGAAGAGGUGGGGAGGAUGA